CAAAACACACGAUGCUUUCAUUGGUUCUAUUACACACCUGGAUUGCAAGCCUCGUUCUGGUUGGAGCCCAAAGCCUGCAGUCACCAGUCGUGAAUAUCCCCGAGCUCGGUACGGUACAGGGAUCAAUUACGUACACAAGUUGGACCAACCGAACGAUUUACCAGUUCCUAGCGAUUCCGUAUGCUAAAUCUCCAACCGGAAAUUUGAGAUUUCAGCCACCAGUCAAAGCGCCUAACUGGGAGGGAACAUUAGAUGCAUCCAAGCCUGGUAUCAUUUGUCCACAGUCUGCGGGCGAGUAUGUCAACCUACUCGACGAAGACUGCCUCACCUUAUCGGUGUAUUCCAAUGACCUCACCACUCCUCGACCCGUAAUGGUAUUCAUCCAUGGAGGAUGGUUUUUCGUUGGAGCUGCAAGUCAGUACCAACCCAACUUCCUUCUAGAAGCAGAUGUAGUUCUGGUGGUGAUACAAUAUCGCCUUGGUCCAUUGGGAUUUUUGUCUACUUUAAGUGAUGAAAUUCCAGGGAAUGUAGGCAUUUUGGAUAUGAUACUUGCACUGGAGUGGGUCCAAAAUCACAUCGCUUCUUUUGGUGGCAACAAUCAACUCGUUACGAUCUUCGGCGAAUCUGCUGGAUCAGCAGGAGUAUCUGCUCUGUUACACACUCCGCUUACCCAAAAAAGACCGGAGCCACUGUUUCAUCGAGCAAUUCUUCAGUCGGGAUCUGUAUUCUCCCCAUGGGCUACAUGUGACACUCCGAUUGAUGGAGCUUACGAUAUUGCUAGACGUCUAGGUUGCACCGACAACUUGGAACAAUGUCUACUGCAAACAUCAGUCCAAGAUCUUGUUGAGGCAUUUGGAUCUCAUCGCACUAAUACAAUCAUCAAUCAAGGAUAUCCGAACGUUGCUGGCACAACGCUAGUCGUGGGUGGUCCUUCGGGACUUUUCCCUACGCAUCCCAGCACCUUGCCAGUUUCUUCCAACAUAUCCGUGAUGGCGGGCGUCACCUCUCAGGAGGGAUUGUUUCUGUUGGACGAAAUCUGCAGCUUACAACCGGAGAAACUGCAAUCGCUAAAUAGCUCCCAUGAUUUGCUAUCAUUCGUGCGCUUGCUGCAUGAAAAGUUUGGUCAAACGAAACUCGAUGGUGCUCUCGAGGGGUACGCGUUUUCGGAGCACUUUUUAGUGAGUGAAAUUGAUCAAUUUAAGUGGAAAAAUAUAGUUCUCGGUUUGACAGAUAUUUGUGGUAACCAUGGAAUCAAAGGGCCGGUUUUGGUGGACACCACAGCACUCGCAACAGCCAAUCCGGGUAGAGUUUUUCUUUACAGUUUUGAUUAUCCGGUGGAUCCAUCCGCGGAAUUGCCGCUGGUGAUUCCCUUUCCCUACGAAGGACCAGUACAUCAUGCAAACGAUAUGUAUUAUCUCUUUUCUUGGUCGAAUUUGAGUACUACGGAGACUAAGAUAGCUCAAGCCAUGGUUCAACUUUGGACUUCGUUUGCCAAGACGGGUGUGCCCACGGCCGAAAUAGUUCCCAACUGGUCCCCAGUGAAAAAUCUUUUUGGACCUUACUUGGUAAUCGACGAAAACAUGGAAGAAAAGGAAAACUUUCUGAACGAGUUUACGGCAACUACAAACAGGUAUAGGACCAGCUUGGCUAAUGGCAAAAAUUAUUCGAAUGUUCUAACGAUCAUCAUUGUUUGCUUGGUAUUUGUUUUUCGAAGUAUUCGAUUUAUUAAUUAUCGAAAAUAAUGCUACGAAAUUACACAUCGAUUGCAAGCAAACUGACAUGAACUACAGUAACUGAAACCCAUUUCAGUAAAUUUAGUAAA